CACUCACUUCUUGAAGCUCAACAUUGUUUGCUCCUCCUCCCCACCAUGUCUGAACUCAGCUACGCUCGAUAUGGCAAAGAUAACAUCCGCCUUUACAAAGUCGACAAGAACGAGAAAACAGGCGUCCAGACCGUUGUCGAACAAACCGUCUGCACACUCCUAGAGGGCGACAUUGAUGUUUCCUAUACCAAAGCCGACAACUCGCCCAUCGUAGCCACAGACACCCAAAAGCAAACUACCUACGUCCUCGCCAAACAAAACCCCAUCGACCCGCCCGAGCAAUUCGCUGCCAUCCUCGGCGAGCACUUCGUCAAGACCUACCCCCACAUCCAUGCCGCCCACGUCAAGAUCAUCCAGCACCGCUGGACACGCAUGAACAUCGAUGGCAAGCCGCAUCCUCACUCCUUCUACCGCGACAGCGAUGAGAUCCGCGUUGUAGAAGCCGUGACCCGCGAGAACCAAGGCGUGACCAUCCGCUCCAAGAUCGAGAAGCUACUAGUGCUGAAGAGCACCGGUAGUGCGUUCCACGGUUUCCACCGUGACGAGUUCACCCGACUCCCCGAAACGUGGGAUCGUAUACUGAGCACCGAGGUCGAGGCGGGCUGGAAAUGGAAGACAUUUCAGAACGUCGCUGAGGUCAAGAAGAUUGAUUUCAACGCUGCUUGGGAGAAGGCCAGGAAUAUCACGCUCAAGACUUUUGCAGAGGAUAACAGUGCCAGUGUGCAAGCUACCAUGUACAAAAUGUGCGAUUUGAUUCUGGCUGCUGUCCCUGAGGUAGAUACUGUUGAUUAUGCUUUGCCUAACAAGCACUACUUUGAAAUUGAUCUCAGCUGGUACAAAGGUCUCAAGAACACUGGAAAGGACGCUACCGUGUUCGCUCCCCAAUCCGACCCCAACGGCCUGAUCUAUUGCACUGUUUCGCGCAAGACGAAGUCGAAGCUAUAG